CUCCGGAGCGCCGGCACAGCUCUGCUUCUCCUCCUCCUGCAGUCUGAUCACAUCUCUCUCAGAGGACUACAGACACACACCGAGCAUCAGAGGAGCCUCAGAGAAGAAGUAUGAAAGAUUGUGUGGGUGAGGAAGGUGUUUGCUUUGCAGGGUCAGGAUGAGUGAGCAGUUCAACUGUGAGAACUGUAAGGAGUCUCUGUACGGGAGGAAGUACAUCCAGGUGGAUGAGGUGCCUCACUGCGUCCCCUGCUAUGAUCGCCUCUACGCCAACAUCUGCCAGGGCUGCAAAGAGCUCAUCGGACACAACUCACGGGAGCUGUACUAUGAUGACAGACACUACCAUGAGGAAUGUUUCCGCUGUUCUCGCUGUGAGCGCUCACUCGCCGACGAGCCCUUCAUCUGCCAGGAUGAGGCGCUGCUGUGUAACGACUGCUACUGCAGCGAGUUUUCCUCCAAAUGUGUGGCCUGCAACAAGACCGUCAUGCCAGGAUCGAGGAAGUUGGAGUACAGUGGCUGUACGUGGCAUGAGGAGUGUUUUGUGUGUCGUGUUUGUAAACAGUCGCUGGGCUCUCAGGCGUUCAUCCCUGAUAAAGAUGAUUAUUACUGCGUGUCCUGCUACGAGGGACGCUUCGCCCCGCGCUGCACACACUGCAAACAGGUCCUGGUGCAGGGCGGAGUGACGUACCGUGACGAGCCGUGGCACAGAGAGUGUUUCCUGUGCACUGGCUGUAAGGCUCCGCUGGCCGGUCAGCCCUUCACCUCUCAGGGAGAGAAUCCGUACUGCGUCAAGUGCUUCAGCAGCCUGUACGCUCAGAAAUGCUCCGCCUGCAACAAGGCCAUCACAGGCUUCGGUGAUGGGAAGUAUGUCUCCUUUGAGGACCGUCAGUGGCACCAGUCGUGCUUUAAGUGCUCCGGAUGCUCCAUCUCUCUGGUUGGAGCUGGCUUUUUCCCUAACGGUGCAAAAAUCUUCUGCAAAGACUGCAAUGACAACUAAAACACAGCUUUACGAGCAUCAGAACUGACCUACCAUCACUUCACUAUGCAGUCGGAGUCAUGCCCAUAUUAGGAACUCUGGUUCUAAGAUGGUUUUCUCUAUGAGAAAAAUGGUGCCGUUAUUAAAAAUUCCUAAAAUGCUUCAAACCUAUGUCUCUACCCCAGUCGUCACUGGAUUGUCACUGGAUCCUUGAAUUACAAGGUAGUUUAGCAACCAAAGUAUGAAAAAUGCUAAAUACAUGCUGCAGAUAAGCUAAUGCUUCUGCACACUGAAAUAAUCUUGUAUGAAAAUAAGUCUAUUAAUAAAUUUCAAUAUUGUUAUAUAACACCAGCUAUGACUGUACCAUGUUCAAAGCUUGUUGGUUUGUUUGGGGUAUUUUGGUCAGAUGGUGUCAGUCUUAUGAUGUCAGUCCAAUGCACAGCAGUGUUAGCUUGCUGGUAACAAUAUUCAUAUUUCUGCUUCUUAAUUGCCUCAUAAUUUGGAUGAUCUGAUAAUGCUUGGAGGAAAAAUAUCCACAGCAUUUUUGUUUACCACAGGGGGGCGACAGCAGCGAUUUUUGAAAACGCCAUUAAAUUUUCCCAUAGAGAAAAUCAUAUUAGACUUAAUCAAGGACUUCCUUGUAUGGGCAUGACACAAACUACACAAUAACGAAACGACAGAGAUCUAUAGGCCUUUAUGUCAGCGUGGAUGUGGUAACACAGAUGGUAGAGAGCUGAUUUUAUUCUACAUUUUUUUUUUUUUUUGCAUUUUAUUUAAUCAGCUUUGCUAUUUGAAAUGCACAUCUAUAUUUUUAAGUCCCCUGUACGGAAGUCUUAGGCCAUCUGAGAACAUAAAAAAGCUGUUUAUCUGGGCGGUAGGUUUAUUUGUUAAAAACAAUAACCUUAAAUAAAUCCAAAUAAAUAAAUAUAUAAGUCAAUAAAUAUGAUUUAAUGUGUGUGAGUUAGUUUAUCUAUUCCCAAAGCUCUUCUCCGGGACGCAGGAGUGCAGCGAGAAGUCAGAAACCAAACCUAUGUUCUUCUAACUUACUAAUAACUUUACUGUAUUUAUGCUUAUUUAUAUUUAUUCUAAUGCUAUACAGUGUUUGUAAUGGCAAAAACACACUUACUGCCCAGAUAAAGACUUUUACACCUGUCUAAGACUUUUGCACAGUCCUGUAUGUUUAUUAGUUUGUAUAAAGAUAGUCUGUCCAGUUUAUCUUUACAGUGCUUUGAGCAACACAAAAAUAUAAAAUACACUAAUAUGCUGUUUGGGCAGUUUCACAUCCCAGAUCAAACUGUGUCGGCUCAGAAAGUGGGCCUUUGGGCCAAAGUAGACAAAAACACCAUUGUCACUCGUUUCAUGUGGCCCAUUUUGGGCUCUGAGUUUGAAUGAACGCAUUCCAGCAGGAAAUUUACAUUUCAACAAUGCAUGAGUCGACCUAGAAAGUUGUGAGAGAUUAGAUCAUGCGUUAUUAUUGCCACACAUAGUUACUCAGCCUUUGAGUUGGAUGUAUUUCAGCCUGUACAGUCACCUAUCAAAGUCCCUCAGUAUUGUUAAUGUGCCACUGAGGGACUCUAACGCUUGCAGCGUUUGAGUGUAUAUACAUCAUAAUCAUCUACAUAUUUGUGAAGCUUUAAAGGGGAAUUCAAGGGGAUUUUUAAAAACUUCUGUAUGAUUAAAUGCUAGAGAUGUGCGCAGUCAUUAAGAGUGGUUUCAGGUGAAAUGCUACGUUCUAGAGAAACUUACUGAGACAGACCUGUUCACAGUGGUGGUGAUAGGAACCAGACGUCUGAACAGUUUAAUACCUCUAAAAGCUCCCUCACAGAAAGUUCCUGAUUUCUGAGACAUUGGUUUAUGAUAGUUUUGAGAAGAUUUGGGCCUCAAACGUAUUAGAUAAGCGUUGUUUGUAGGUUCACUGGUGGUUUUGGAUAGUAAAUAUAGUGGCUAUAUUUGUGUUGUAGUCAUGGUGACCCCUGGUUCCUAUCAGCACCACUGUAAAGAAAUCUGAGUCUAUAAGCUUCUCUACAAUGAACCAUUUCACACCAAACAACUCUGUAUGACUGUUUACAUCUCAACUGCUGAAUUAUGCAGAAAUCUUGCAGAACAAUUGGUCGAAUUCCCCUUUAAAAAUGUACUGCAGCAGGUAAUAUUAGCAUUAUGCUCCACACAUAAUGUAUAUUAGCACAUACAUUAAUAUUAACACAGCAUAUUAACAUUGUUGACAGUUAUUUAGUCUGUUGUGUUUAGGAUUAUAAUUAAUCAGCCAUGCUAAACAUUUAUUCCAAUAAUGUUGCACUAGCGCAUCACCGUUAUUUUGUUUAUUGUAAUUGCACUGUGUAACAUUUUUCUGUGCCUAUCGUAAAAAUGCUGCGAUUUCUUAAAUCUUAAAGCCAAAUUCGGUUGUUUUGAUUCAGAUAAUGUAGCCUACAGGCUGCCCUAUGCAGUUUUUCUAUGUGAAAAACAAUAAAAUGACAAUUUUUGAACUCCUAAAAGAUAAAAUUCCUCAUUAAAAUGUCUUUUCUUGCUUUGAA